GCGGCGGGAGAUGCUGGAGGUUCGCGAGCCCAGGCGGCUGCAGCUGGCGCCGCGUCUGCCCCGCGUGCCCGGAGCGGAUCCUGCCGGCCGCCCCCGGAGCCCUCGGCACCCCGCUCAACCCGCGGUCGCUUCCUCGCAGUAACAGGCCGACGCUGCAGCUCAGACAGAGCCUGGCAAUGCCGUUUGGGUGUGUGACGCUGGGUGACAAGAAGAACUAUAACCAGCCAUCGGAGGUGACUGACAGAUAUGAUUUGGGACAGGUCAUCAAGACUGAGGAAUUCUGUGAGAUCUUCCGGGCCAAAGAUAAGACAACCGGCAAGCUGCACACCUGUAAGAAGUUUCAGAAGCGGGACGGCCGCAAAGUGCGGAAGGCAGCCAAGAACGAGAUAGGCAUCCUCAAGAUGGUGAAGCAUCCCAACAUCCUGCAGCUGGUGGAUGUGUUUGUGACCCGCAAGGAGUAUUUCAUCUUCCUGGAGCUGGCCACGGGGAGGGAGGUGUUUGACUGGAUCCUGGACCAGGGCUACUACUCGGAGCGCGACACGAGCAACGUGGUGCGGCAGGUCCUAGAGGCCGUGGCCUACCUGCACUCACUCAAGAUUGUACACAGGAAUCUCAAGCUGGAGAACCUGGUUUAUUAUAACCGGCUGAAGAACUCAAAGAUUGUCAUCAGUGACUUCCACCUGGCCAAGCUAGAGAAUGGCCUCAUUAAGGAGCCCUGUGGAACCCCAGAGUACCUAGCCCCAGAGGUGGUAGGCCGGCAGCGGUACGGACGUCCUGUGGACUGCUGGGCCAUCGGAGUCAUCAUGUACAUUCUGCUCUCAGGGAACCCUCCUUUCUAUGAGGAAGUGGAAGAAGAUGACUAUGAGAACCAUGAUAAGAAUCUCUUCCGUAAGAUCCUAGCUGGCGACUAUGAGUUUGACUCUCCAUACUGGGAUGACAUUUCUCAGGCGGCCAAAGAUCUGGUCACCAGACUGAUGGAGGUGGAGCAAGACCAGCGGAUCACUGCAGAAGAGGCUAUUUCCCAUGAGUGGAUUUCUGGCAAUGCUGCUUCUGAUAAGAACAUCAAGGAUGGUGUCUGUGCCCAGAUUGAAAAGAACUUUGCCAGGGCUAAGUGGAAGAAAGCUGUCCGAGUGACCACUCUGAUGAAACGGCUCCGGGCGCCGGAGCAGGCUAAUGCAGCCGCGGCCCAGCCUGCCCCAGCCACAGACACUGCCACCCCUGGGGCUGCAGGUGGGGCCACAGCUGCGAGUGCCACCCCGUCCACGGCAGGUGAUGCUGCAAAGAAUGAUAAUGUAGCCCCCGCAGACCGUAGUGCCACCCCAGCCACAGAUGGCAGUACCACUCCAGCCACAGAUGGGAGCGUCACCCCUGCCACAGAUGGGAGCAUCACUCCGGCCACUGAUGGGAGUGUCACUCCAGCCACUGAUAGGAGUGCUACUCCAGCCACCGAUGGGAGAGCCACACCAGCUACAGAAGAGGGCACCAUACCGGCUGCCAAGGCAGUUGCCACUCCUGAGCCGGCUUUGGCCCAGCCGGACAGCACAGCCCCAGGGAGUGUGACAGGCCAGGCUCCACCCGCUAGUAAAGGGGAAGAGGCUGCUGGCUAUGUCCAGGAGUCUCAGAGGGAGGAGGCCAGCUGAGUGGCCAGGCUGAUGGGGGGAUGGGGAACAGGCAGGAGGUGGAAGAGUGGAUGAGGGGAUUGAUGCCCUCGCUCCACCCACCCUUGCCUCCCAGCUUGGGGCAUGCCUGGGGGCCACAGGAGAAUGGGCUCAUCUCCUGUGUGUAUGUACGUGAGUGGUGGGCAGGCCAGAGGCAGGGCCGGCCCCAGCCCCUGCAUGGAUUCCUCGUGGCUUUUCUGUCUUUUGCUAGCUUCAUCAGUUACUGUUCCUUGUGGGAUGCUGCUCUAGGGAUACUCAGGAGGUCCCUGCUCCCCUUUCCUUUCCCCCUUUUGCCUCAUAACCCCCACCCCAGGCAGGCCCUGCAGGUCUCAUCCUCCCCCAGGCCCUAAAUUUGGGUGGCCUUGCCCUGAGAGCUGGUCCUCCAGCGAGGCCCUGUCAGCGGUCUUAGGCUCCUGCACAUGAGGGCAUGUGCCUGUGGUGUACCGGUUGCUCUGGGAGGAGGCACAGGCUGCUGUAGACAGUGCAAACAUCUGGAGCACUGUGCUUCAAGACAAGACUGGCUACAUGACCAGGGGACCCUUCUUGGUAGCUGUGGGAGUCCUCAAAAGUGAAGGAAAAAAGUAGGAGGGUAGAAACUUUCAUUUUUGUCCCUGGAAGCCCUUCCCCAGACCCUUGUACUAUUUCUUGCCCUCCUGGGUCCUGCAGUGGGUUGUUCUGUGCCCUGAGCUUUAUGAGCUCAUAAGGGAAAGAAGGAGCGAUUAGGUGGCCGUGAGAACUGGGAGAGUGUAGGCCCAGCAUUCAGUGCACCAGCUUCGCCAGGUCCUUGCCAUGGGCCAGACAGGAGGGCUGAUAAUCUCCUUGCUCUUCCCAGAUGGCCCCCCUCAGGCUUAGUCCACAGGCCUCUCCAUCCCAGGGACUCACCACAUGGCACUGUCCUAUAGUCUGAAACUACAGGGGCAGAUUUUCUCCUCUCACGGUUCAACAACUAAAGAGAGAGGAACCCCUUCUAUAUCUGUGGUCCACUUUCCAUUCUGUCAGGGCUUAGAGAGGCUCAGGUGCUUCUGAGCCAGGGCAAGUUGCGUUUGUUGGGAUGAAGAAGUGGAAUAAGGCUCCUGUUUCCUGAUGGAGGUUCCUGGGAAGGUGCCCUUUGUCAGAGCCCACCACAGCCUGGGCAGGCAGCCACACUGGUCCCUUACUCGGCACUCUGGUGGCAAUUACUGCCCUUCCUCCUGCAUGCCUGUGGGUCUGCUCUGGUGUAUGAAGGUCAGUGGGCUGUUUGCCUACUGAACCUGGCAAAUAAAUGUCACCCUGCCAAAGCCUCUGG